UGAUCCUAGAUCUCUCCCUUCAACACUGAGAAUUCCCUGUGGACAUGGCCUUCUUGUCAUCCAUCCUUCAAAUAACUAGCAGGUUAGUGGCUGCUUGCAGAGGAUCACCUUCAUCAUCAUCAUCACCAUCAGAUAAUCAGAAAGUUAUUGAGGAUGAGUUGAAAGGGUUGGAAAUGAUACUAUGGAAUAUUGACUCAGUUCUUGAGGAUGCCCGGCAAAGAGAGAUUAGAGAUGCAUCAGUCAGGCUCUGGCUUAAGGAACUCAAGGGCAUUACUUAUGAUGCCGAGGACAUCCUUGAUGAGUAUGAGUAUGAGUUGUUGCAGUGUCAAGUGGAUAGCAGAAAUGUUGCUGCUGCUGCUUCAAGGAUUUCUCGAAAAAGAAAAGAUAUGGACAGCCAGAAGGAGCAAGUAUGUUUUUGGCAGACUUCAGUUAUCUCAAAAGUGCCAUCAUUUCCUCAUUAUAUGCUUGAUAGGAUUAGGAAGAUCAGAGAGAGGUUUAGUGCGAUCAAAAAGGAUCGGAGUACAUUGAGCUUAAGAGACCUCGGUCCAAGACGGUAUGAUUAUGAUGAUGAUGAUUCUAUCAAGCCACUUUCACCUAGUUCCUUUGUAGAUGAAUCACGUGUUUUCGGAAGGGACGGUGAUAAAGAAAAACUCAUUGAGCUUCUAUUUUCUGAUAUGAAUAGCAAAUUCUCUGUCAUUCCCAUUGUCGGCAUGGGAGGAUUAGGGAAGACAACGCUAGCUCAACUUAUUUAUAAAGAUCGAAGAGUGCAAGGAUACUUUGACUUGAAAGGAUGGGUAUAUGUAUCAGUGCAUUUCAGUGUUUUACGGCUAACUAAGCUAAUCAUUGAGACACUGAGUGGCCAACAGUCUUGUGCUUUUCUUGAACUCAAUAAGCUUCAGUCUGUUUUAAGUGAGAGUGUGGCAGGAAAGAAGGUCCUCCUUGUCUUAGACGAUGUUUGGAAUGAAGAACAGAGCCCUUGGCAGUUGCUACAAGCCCCCUUCGCCAAUGCCAAUAUUGUUAGGAUAAUUGUGACGACAAGAAAUAGCUCAGUUGCCCAAGUCAUGCAAACAGGAACUUCACCUUAUCAACUAGGGCUUUUGUCUGAAGAACAAUCUUGGUUACUUUUCAAACUUUAUGCAUCCGCAAGCCAAGAACCGUUGUUGCAAUUUAUAGACAUCGGCAAACAAAUCAUCAAGAAAUGUAAAGGCUUACCAUUGGCACUUAAGGCACUCGGGGGUAUCCUUCAAUAUAAGACAGAGGAAAGCAGUUGGUGGGAUGUUCUCCAGAGUGAUCUAUGGGAAUUGGAUGAAGCUCAAGCUGAGAUUCUACCUGCAUUGAAAUUAAGCUAUAGCCGAAUGCCGUCAUACUAACCUAGAAAAAUUAUGACACUUGU